CAGUGUUCGUGUGGACUGCUCAGAGUCCAUGAACAGAGGCUCCUGUUUCACAUCUCAUCUAGCCUGUUUUCCACCUCAGCUUUCUGUAGUUUGAAGGUGUCAUCGACCAUGGCUUACCACAGUUUUCUGUUGGAACCUAUCAGCUGCCAUGCCUGGAGCAAAGACAGAACCCAAAUUGCACUGUGUCCUAACAACCAUGAAGUCCAUAUCUACAAGAAGGAGGGAGCCAAGUGGAGGAAGAUCCAUGAGCUGAAGGAGCACAAUGGCCAGGUUACAGGCAUCGACUGGGCUCCAGAGAGCAACCGAAUUGUCACCUGCGGCACCGACCGCAACGCCUACGUGUGGACGCUGAAGGGCGACACAUGGAAGCCCACCCUGGUCAUCCUCAGGAUCAACCGUGCUGCCCGCUGCGUCAAGUGGUCUCCCCAGGAGAACAAGUUCGCUGUGGGCAGUGGCUCCCGUCUCAUCUCAGUCUGCUAUUUUGAGCAGGAGAAUGACUGGUGGGUUUGUAAGCACAUCAAAAAGCCAAUCCGCUCCACAGUGCUCAGUUUAGACUGGCAUCCCAACAAUGUGCUUCUGGCUGCUGGAUCCUGUGACUUCAAGUGCAGGAUUUUCUCCGCCUACAUCAAAGAGGUGGAGGAGAAGCCCGCCCCCACACCUUGGGGUUCUAAGAUGCCUUUUGGGGAGGUGAUGUUUGAGUCCAGUGGCACACUUGGCUGGGUCCACAGCGUGUGCUUCUCUGACAGUGGGAACCGUGUGGCCUGGGUCAGCCAUGACAGCACUGUGGCUGUGGCUGAUGGUGGGAAGACCACUGUUGUCAACAGUCUGACCUCAGAGACGCUUCCCCUCCUGUGUGUGACAUUCAUCACUGAAAACAGCUUGGUGGCAGCGGGCCAUGACUGCUAUCCCGUGCUCUUCGUCUAUGAUGCUGACAAGGGGACCAUCACUUAUGGUGGGAAGCUGGAUGUGCCAAAGCAGAGUGCCCAGCGAGGGAUAACCGCUAGGGAGCGCUUCCAGAACCUGGACAAGAAAGCCACCUCUGAAACCAAGGAGACUAUGCUGGAGUCUGUGCACAAGAACAGCAUCAGCCAAAUCUCUGUUCUCGAGGGUGGGAAAGCUAAGUGUGCUAAAUUCUGCACCACUGGCAUGGAUGGAGGGAUGGCUAUUUGGGAUGUCAAGACUCUGGAAUCUGCCAUGAAAGAUCUGAAGAUAGUUUGACUCAGAAUCAUAAUAAGGAUGCAUAUUUAUGAAUCAUUUUGAAGAGGCUAGGUCUGUCAACACCUCCAGAUACACUUCAGACUACAACCAAGAGGUUUGAAACCAAGAUCUUCCAAGCCCACACUUAAUCUUCUUGAAUAUGACUGAGGUCAAGGCAAACUUGAAGACGCAGCAUCAAAACUGUUGCCACUUUAAAAAGAUAUUAUAAUUUGAAAUAUAACUUAGUUUAUUAAACCUUGAUCCCAUUGAAGCUGUUUAUAAUUGUGAUAUGCAGAUUUAUUAAUCCUGAGACAUAUAUGAUUGUUCAA